AUAUAUGUCUAUAAAUAUGUGAGCAUGAGGAGAGUCCACUUGAGGCACCAACAGUCAAUUAAAACCAGCCAAUAACUUUCCUGGGACUAUACAUAUAGGCCCAGUGCUCUCAAGUUCCUUGUGUUUUCCUUUCCAUUGGAGACCAGGAGGAUGGAUGCUCUGAUGGAGGGAGGAGGAGGAAGAGGCAGCGAGAGUAGGAAGAAGAAGAAGGAGAAGAGAUAUAUGCAUGGGUUGUUUAGAUUCGCCGAUGGGCUUGAUGUUGUUCUGAUGUUGCUGGGCACCAUAGGAUCUAUCGGAGAUGGGUGUGCUGUCAACUGCCUUCUUCUCUUUGCAAGCAAUGUCAUGAACAGCCUGGGGUAUGGCAAGACUCAACAAGGCCGUGUAGAUUUCAUGCACGAGGUUGAAAAGUAUUGUCUAUAUUUUGUAUACCUAGGAUUAGCAGUCUUGGUGGUGGCCUUUAUGGAAGGGUAUUGCUGGAGUAGAACAAGUGAGAGGCAGGUGCUGAGAAUUAGAUACACAUAUUUGGAAGCUAUUCUCAGACAGGAAGUUGGGUUCUUUGAUUCCCAAGAAGCAACGACUUCAGAGAUCAUUAACAGUAUAUCAAAGGACACUGCACUCAUACAAGAGGUCCUGAGUGAGAAGGUACCUGUCUUUCUGAUGAACUCUUCAGCCUUCAUCUCUGGACUCAUAUUCUCCACCUACUUCUCAUGGAGACUUUCCUUGGUGGCCUUCCCACUUGUCUUGCUUCUGAUAAUCCCGGGCCUCAUCUACGGCAAAUAUCUUCUCCGCCUCUCUCGCAAGUCCCGCGAAGUUUACGCCAAAGCAAAUGGCAUAGUAGAGCAGGCACUGAGCUCAAUCAAAACUAUAUAUUCCUUCACUGCAGAGAAAAGGAUUGUGGAGAGGUAUGCUGCUAUUUUGGAUAGGACUGUGAAGCUGGGGAUCAAGCAAGGCAUCGCAAAAGGGCUGGCUGUAGGGUGUACAGGCCUCUCUUUCGCCAUAUGGGCUUUUCUUGCCUGGUAUGGGAGUAGAUUGGUUAUGUACCGCGGUGAGAGUGGAGGAAGGAUCUAUGCAGCAGGGAUCUCCUUCGUCAUGGGUGGCCUAUCCCUUGGAAUGGCACUCCCCGAGGUGAAGCACUUCACCGAUGCAUCGGUCGCUGCAUCCCGGAUUAUUGAUAGGAUCAAUCGCAUACCGCAGAUCGAUGCUGAAGAUCCCAAGGGAAUAAAAUUGGACUGCAUUCGGGGCGAGAUCAAAUUUGAGUCGGUCCAAUUUGCAUACCCAUCGAGACCAGACUCGCUUGUCCUGAAGGAUUUCGACCUUCAGGUCCCUGCAGGGCAGACUGUUGCUCUCGUAGGCACCAGUGGGAGUGGUAAGUCCACAGCCAUUGCAUUGGUACAGCGGUUCUACGAUGCGAACGAGGGAGUUGUGAUGAUCGAUGGCAUAGAUAUUAAGAGGCUGCAAUUGAAAUGGAUCAGACAGAAGAUGGGGCUCGUUAGUCAAGAUCAUGCGCUCUUCGGGACAUCAGUGAAGGAGAACAUCUUGUUCGGGAAGCCCGAUGCAACCAUGGAUGAGAUCUAUGCAGCAGCCAUGACGGCAAAUGCUCACAACUUCAUAUGGCAGCUCCCAGAGGGAUAUGAUACAAAGGUUGGGGAGAGAGGGGCACUUCUAUCAGGGGGCCAGAAACAACGCAUUGCCAUUGCCAGAGCUAUUAUCAAGAAUCCGGCAAUUCUCCUCCUCGACGAAGCCACGAGUGCCCUCGACUCGGAAUCAGAGAAGCUAGUACAGAACGCCCUUGAUCAAGCUUCCAUGGGGAGAACAACACUGGUGGUAGCUCACAAGCUCUCGACCAUAAAAAAUGCCGAUCAGAUUGCAGUGGUUGAUGGUGGAAUGAUUGUCGAGAUCGGUACGCAUGAUGACUUAAUCAGCCAAAAUGAUAGUCGCUACUCAAGACUGGUGAAGUUACAGAGGAUGGCGAGCUCUAUCGAUCAAGAGCCGGAAUCCUACAGGCCUUCUUCAGUUGCAAGAAGCAGUGCGAGCCGGCUUAGCCUAACAAAAGCCAGCCCGAUGUCCUUCGCAUCAGCUUUCUCUGAAGAGAAUCCUCCUACGACCAUCUCCCAUCCUUCUCCAUCUUUCACUAGGCUUCUUGCCAUGAAUGCACCCGAGUGGAAACAAGCACUAGCGGGCAGCCUCUCGGCAAUCGUUUUUGGUUCGAUCCAACCGAUCUAUGCCUUCUCCAUCGGUGGCAUGAUUGCAGCAUUCUUCCUUCACGACCAUGAGGAGAUGCAAGCAGUCAUCCGCCGCUACGCCUUAAUAUUCUCCUCGCUCUCGGCGCUGUCUCUCCUCGUCAACCUCUUGCAGCACUCCAGUUUCGCAUACAUGGGCGAGCAUCUAACAAGAAGAAUCCGAUUACGAGUGCUGGAGAAGAUCCUAACGUUCGAGACGGCAUGGUUCGAUGAAGAGUCUAAUUCGAGCGGUGCCUUGUGUUCUCGGCUGAGCAAUGAGGCUUCUCUCGUCAAAACGCUGGUUGCUGAUAGAAUUUCCCUACUCGUUCAAACUGCUUCGGGUGUGGUGAUCUCUUUUUCAAUGGGUCUGAUUGUGGCUUGGAAGCUGGCUCUGGUCAUGAUAGCGAUCCAGCCAUCAACAAUUCUAUGUUUCUAUGCUAAAAAGAUCGUGCUAUCGAGCGUAUCAUUAGACUUGGCAAAGGCACAACAUCAUAGCACUCAGUUAGCGAUUGAAGCUGUGUACAACCACAGGAUGGUUACUUCGUUUGGGUCAAUAAGCAAGGUUCUUCAGCUCUUCGAGGAAGCUCAGAAGGAGCCACUGAGGGUCGCAAGGAAGAAAUCCUGGGUCGCCGGGUUUGCAAUGGGAUGCUCUCCAUGCGUCUCUUUUAUGUCAUGGGCUCUAGACUUUUGGUAUGGAGGGAAAUUGGCUCAAACUGGUCAAAUAUCAGCAGGGGAUGUCUUCAAGACAUUCUUCAUUCUGGUAAGCACAGGGAAGGUGAUAGCCGAGGCUUGUAGCAUGACAUCGGACUUGGCGAAGGGAGCAACUGCAGUUGCUUCGGUGUUUGAGGUGUUGGAUAGACAGUCCCUGAUUCCAGGGUCUUCCUCCCAUGCGGAUCAUCGCAAUGGGGGAACGAAGUUGCAGAGGAUACAAGGAAAGAUUGAGCUGAAGAAGGUGGAUUUUGCAUACCCAACCCGACCGCAGUGUCUUGUGCUCGGAGAAUUCAGCUUGGAGGUGAAGGCAGGCUCGAGCAUUGGGCUGGUUGGUAGGAGUGGGUGCGGGAAGUCAACCAUCAUAGGCUUGAUUCAGAGGUUCUAUGAUGUUGAUAGAGGGGUUGUUAGGAUAGAUGGCAUGGAUGUCAGGGAAUUGGACAUCGUUUGGUACCGGGGAUUCACUGCACUUGUUAGCCAGGAGCCGGUGCUCUUCUCAGGCAGCAUUCGUGACAAUAUCGCCUUUGGCAAGCCGGAAGCCGGCGAAGAUGAGAUCGUGGAGGCUGCGAGAGCGGCUAAUGCACAUGACUUCAUAUCAUCACUGAAGGAAGGGUACAACACAGAAUGUGGGGAGAGAGGUAUUCAAUUAUCAGGAGGGCAGAAGCAGAGGAUCGCGAUAGCUCGAGCAAUCAUGCGCAACCCUACCAUACUGCUACUAGAUGAAGCCACAAGUGCACUUGAUGUGCAAUCGGAGCGAGCGGUGCAGGAAGCUCUUGAUAGAAUCAUGGUCCGGAGGACCACCGUCGUGGUGGCUCAUCGCCUCAACACCAUUAAGAAAGUAGACUCUAUUGCUUUCAUUGGAGAAGGUAAGGUGGUGGAGCAUGGAAACUAUGCGCAUCUCAUGAACAAGAAGGGGGCUUUCUUCAACCUAGCCACUCUUCAAACAUGAUGGUAUUGUACUAGAAGCUGUAAGAUGUAACAAGAUAAUACUCCUAGUUGCUGAGUAUGUAAACCUUCCAUAUGGAACUAUAGUCUCGGUUGAAGAGACUACAGCGUUCUAGGAUGCUGCGAAUCCACUAAAUAUUGCAAGAACAAAGAGGGUCUUCAAACUUUAUGGAUGCAAUGGAAUUAAUUAGACAUAGGAAAUCAUAUGCUGGGUCAACUUGCAAAUCAA